CUUCUCCCUUUACUUAUUACUCUCUCUCUUGAUUGAUUCCUCUUCUCUUCAGAUUUUUCACUUUGUUCUUGCCACCCACCGAGUCAAUACGAUGCGUUUUGCUUCCUUCAUUUAAGUAAAAUAUAUGAUAGAAGUUUACACAAAAGGUCACUCUCGCCGAGUGGUUGACUGGUAUAUGAACUUUGGGUAACGACCCGAGUUCGAGCUGUGAAGAUAAGAACAAUUAAAAGUGACGGCUUAGUCCGUCGCUGUCGUCCUGACUAACCGUGAGGAUAGCAAGUGCCGUCCGAGCUCAUCAUUACCAACUUUUUUUUAAAUUUUUAUUUAUUAAAAUAAAAAAAUUAAGUAUAUUAACACUCUUGAUUCUGCUUGAUGAUGUUAUCGAGAUGCUUCUUCGAAAUCAUGUUAACCCUAAAGCAUCGAUUUUUAAGCUACUCUUCAAUGACUACUCUCAUUUCAUCUCAAUCCUCGAAAGCUGCAAAACAACGGACCAGUUCAAGCAACUACACUCCCAAAUCAUCAUUCGAGGUCUACAACCAAACCCAACAAUCCAAAACAAGCUUAUACUCUUCUGGUGUAGUCGCUUAAGUGGCGACAUGGGUUAUGCCUAUAAGCUGUUCGUGAAAAUGCCUGAACCAGACGUGGUCGUAUGGAACAAUAUGAUCAAGGGUUUUUCCAGAGUGGGUUGCGCCAAUGAAGGAGUUAGAUUGUAUUUGAAUAUGUUGAAGAAAGGUGUGACUCCUGAUGGACACACGUUUCCGUUUUUGCUCAACGGUCUUAAGGAUGAUGCUUGUGGUAAGAAGCUGCAUUGCCAUGUUGUGAAACUCGGAUUAGGUUGUAACAUUUAUGUGCAGAAUGGGCUUGUGCAAAUGUACUCUUUGUGUGGACUGAUGGAUAUGGCUCGUGGGGUUUUCGACAGGGGGAGGAAAGAUGAUGUCUUUUCUUGGAACUUGAUGAUCUCUGGGUGUAAUAGGAUGAAACUAUAUGAAGAAAGUUUGAGACUUUUCACGGAGAUGGAGAGGAAACUGGUUAUUCCAACUUCUGUUACCUUGCUUCUGGUUCUCUCUGCUUGCUCUAAGGUUAGGGAUAAGGAUCUCUGUAAAAGGGUUCAUGGUUAUGUUAGUGAGUGUACGAGAGAGCCUAGUUUGAAGCUGGUGAAUGCUCUGGUCAAUGCAUAUGCUGCUUGUGGGGAGAUGAAUAUAGCGGUGAGGAUUUUCAAUAGUAUGAAGAUUAGGGAUGUGAUUUCUUGGACAUCUAUUGUUAAAGGGUUUGUCGACAUAGGGAAUCUAGAGUUGGCAAGGACGUACUUUGAUGAUAUGCCGGUGAGAGAUAGAAUCUCUUGGACUAUUAUGAUCCAUGGUUACCUUCGAGCUGAUUGCUUUAAUGAAUCUCUGGAUCUUUUCCGUGAGAUGCAAAAUGAAGGGAUGAUACCGGAUGAAUUCACCAUGGUCAGUGUUCUCACAGCUUGUGCCCAUCUAGGUGCCUUGGAGAUAGGUGAAUGGGUUAAGACGUACAUAGACAAAAACAAGAUCAAGAACGAUGUUGUUGUAGGGAACGCUUUGAUCGAUAUGUACUUCAAAUGUGGGUGUUGUGAGAAAGCGCAGAAGGUUUUUCGUGAGAUGCGCCAGAGAGACAAGUUCACAUGGACAGCCAUGGUUGUUGGUCUUGCCAACAAUGGACAGGGUGAAGAUGCCAUUAAAGUUUUCUUUCAAAUGCAAGACGUGUCGAUACAACCAGAUGAGAUUACGUACCUCGGCGUGCUCUCUGCUUGUAACCAUAGUGGUAUGAUAGAGCAAGCAAAAGACUUUUUCUCCAAGAUGAGAAGCGACCAUAGGAUUGAACCGAGUUUAGCACAUUAUGGAUGUAUGGUUGACCUGCUUGGUAGAGCUGGGAUGGUCAAGGAAGCGUAUGAGGUGAUAAGGAACAUGCCAAUGAAUCCAAACUCGAUCGUGUGGGGAGCUCUACUCGGUGCUUCUAGACUUCAUAACGAUGAAUCAAUGGCUGAGUUGGCAGCUAAGAAGAUUAUCGAGCUGGAGCCUGAUAAUGGAGCUGUUUAUGCUUUGUUAUGUAAUAUAUAUGCAGCUUGCGAGAGAUGGGAGGAUUUGCGAGAAGUGAGAAGAAAGAUGGUGGACGUAGCAACUAAGAAGAUACCAGGGUGUAGUUUGAUUGAUGUAAACGGUGUUUCUCACGAGUUUGUAUGUGGAGACAAGUCACAUCUUCAAUCAGAAGAGAUUUACAUGAAACUUGAAGAGUUAGCCCAAGAGUCGACGUUUGCAGGGUACUUACCUUCUGAACUAUUGUUCGAGGCUGGGUAAGAUUAUAGAGAGCCCUGAGAUGAUGAACAUAUCCAUAGAUUGUCACUGUCAAUCAUGUUGCUAAUGCUGUGGAUAAAAGGCAGGACAUGGUUCAGUUAAUACGUUAACUGGGGCCCUGGAUCAUGUUUGUGAAGCCUACAUGGGAGAUUCAUAAAAUUAUCUGUUCGCGAGUCCCGAACAAUUGGCGAAGAUCAGCCUUAGACCACCAGCACUCUCAGAACGAAUCGCAUGGCAAUGAACUGUUGUAGGCUUUUGGAAAAAUACUGGACAGUGGACACUCACAUGUACAUAGACAGCAUUUAGUUCUGAUCUUGUACAGAAGCCUGGAACUCAGAGCCCAACAUCUCCAACAUGAUUCUUAUGAUACAAUAGUUUUGUAACUGAGUGGGGUUUGGCAGUUGAAUAAUGCCUUCACGUGUAAUAAAAGUAGCCGACUAACAGAGGUUCUCAGAAAACAGAUUCCAAACAAAAGAAUUGAGUAAAAAUUUGAAUUGCAAAAACUACAGAGAAUAAGCAUGGAGAUAUGGGAGGAUUUGUAUAACCUGAUUGGCGAAUUUACAGAAGUAAAGCAAAAUAAACCAAUUUGUAUAACCUGAUUCACAAAUCUCUUGUAUGUGUUGCAUCUUCUCAACCUUUUCACGUCCUUUGCUACCUAGCUGUAGCCUUGUAGAUGGGUUUAUGAGUACAUGUAGCUUCGAGCUCUCUAUGCUGUCGAUGGUUCCCUUGUGGUAGAAUUCACUGAUGAUACAUAUUAGCCAUAGCCAGUGACUGUGGCUACUACCUUUUCUAUCGCGCCUGAACAAGGUUGGACAGUGAUUGUUUUAAGGUUAGAGGUCUCUGAGCUCCAACAAAAACCAAAAUUCAAAAGAUGUAACAAAGUCAAGAAACUGAGAUCGUGUAUCAGAAGUGA